UUGGAGGUUUCUGCGCUUUUAACGACGGAACUGUCAUCUUUGACAGUUGACGCAUCUGAACAUAUGAGCAACGGUGAACUUGGUAAAAUCCAUGUCCUAAAACAACAAGUUCAUAGUCUUCGGCACGAUCUUGCCGAAAAAAAUGCAUUACUCACCACAGUGCAGAAACAACUUAACCGAAAUCAACCAAACCAACCAAAUGGCGUCGUGCAAAGCGAGUCUACCACUGGAAGGGUAAUUGAAAAUUUACAAGCAGAAAUAGAUCAUCUAAAAAGAGAUCUCGGUGAUUCAAAAACUCAAAUUCAUGUUGCUAAAGUUUCUCGUGAAAGAGCUGAAAGACAAGUACAGGAGCACUUGGCAUCACAUCAAACUUUACGGCUUGAAAUUGAUUCCUUGAAAAGAAUGCUAGAAAGGAAGGAAAGACAAACUAAAGAACUAGAAGAAUCAACUAAGGAAGUUGAGAAGAAAAAUUCAGAUAUGAAAUUUGAACGAGAUAAUGCAAAUUUAAAACUCCGUCAAUCGGAACUGAAAGUAUCCGAUCUGGAACGAAAAUUACAGGAAGCUUUGGCCGGUAAAGAAAAAGCAGAAUAUGAAUAUGCUCUUUUAUCUAAAGAAAUGCAAUCCUUUAAAACUCGGUAUACCAAAGACGUUGAGAUUGUUAAAAAAGAAUUUAAAUCUCUUCGUGAAGAAAUGAAUUCAACUUCACGACAAUUGGAAGAUGUUGUCUUGAUGACAAGUGUUCGAAUUGAGGAGUUAAAUUCAGAACGCAAGGAAGAAUUAGGGAAUUUGGAAUCAAUUCAUGCCCAAUUACAAGAAAAUCAAGAGAAGUAUUCUGCUAAAUUGUUUAGUGAAAUUGAGGCAAUGAAGAAGGACGUGGAAACCUCAAGUCAAAAGACUAGGGAAUACAGCGAACAGGUGGCAAAGAUUAAAGGCGAAAUAGCGGGUAAAUUGAACUGGUUGAAACGAAUUGAAAGAGUACAACAGAAAUCUUGA